AUGAACACCGUCUGCAACUUGUUCAACGCCACUACCGACAACGUCGUGAUCAACAGGGAUUAUUCUAAUGACGACAUCUGGCUGAUGAUCAACUACAACAUGACGCCAUGUACAUCUUUGGAAGACGUUCGAUGGGUUUGGAGAUUUCCCUUUUGAUUUUUUUUUUGUGUCCGCAAUUCAGGGAUGGUCCGUGGCAUACUGCCAAAGUACCACUUGUCGUGAAUAUUUGCCGAUGUUACAAUGGAAAAUAGACGUCAACGGGGAUACUUUCAGGUUAUUUUGUUGAAAUUGUUGGGGUGUGUCUGAUUUGAUAACAGCUUUUCAGUGCACAAAAAGCUGAGGUCAGCACAAAACGGUGCGGGGCAAUAUGCAGCCAACCUCCCGUUUGUGAAAAUGGAUACAGCAAAAAUAUCGAUGAAGCUUACAACACAUUCAUGUGUUUUUCAACGUGAUAAUUCAAAAAAUCUUUUCUUUGAGUAAAUUUUUUGUUGUUGCACCUUUUUCUCCUGCUUGUUUUCUAUUAUAAGGAAAUUUUUAUUUUUCUAUUUUUUUUUUUGUAUACGGCUGAUUCCGUGUUCAGAAUGAUUCCAAAAAAUCCAAAAUAGCCGCCAGAGAAAGAAAAAGAUGACGGAUUUUUGGAGAGUCAGAAAAAGUUUUGCAUUCUUUUUUUGAAGACGGCUUCAGUUUUUUAUUUUGAAGACGGCUCAAGUUCUUGUUCCAAAAAAACGGCCACACACGUUUAGAAAAAAGUCGAGAAAAAUUUUUUUUUUCUUGAGACCGGGUUGCCAUGUUUAGUCUCCCAAUUUUCACCUUUUCUCUAAUUUAUUGCUCCGCGAGUGAAAACAAAGUAAAAAACCGAGGAGAGACUUUUUGUCUUAAAAAUGCUGCCUCGCCUUUUUCUCACCGGUUUCCUAAUAUUAUUAUUUGUCAAAAUUUACGAUACAUGGUCGUAUAUUAUCAUCACGGGAACUUUCUCCGGUUGCAGUUCUGAUGCGCAAUAUUCAGACAUUAAUUCCGAAGAGGACUGCAAAAACGUUGUGCGAAAAAGAAAAAGAGGAUGUUGGGUUGGUUUUUUUGAAACAUUAUGAGAUCUCACAGGUCCCCCCAUCCGGGGCUCUCCAUCGGCAACUAUAUUGAAAACCAUAAUCAGGGUUUUUCCUACAACACCGCCUGCAACCUGUUCAACGCCACCACCGACAACGUCGUGGUCGACAGAGGAGAUUCUGGGAGCGUCAUAUGGCUGAUGAUCAACUACAAUCUGACGACGUGCGGUUCUUUGGAAAAUAUCGAAAUGGUUUGGAAGAUCCGGAACAUCCUUCGAAUUUUAAUUUCAGCUAUGGUCGGCGCCUUAUUGUCAACCCAUCGGUUGCGGCGCCUCAGCGCCAAUGAUUCAGUGGAAAAUAAACGUCGAGGGGGGUAAAUAUAGGUGAAAUGGGUUUUUCAGCUGAAAUUUCAUUGAUUUAAUUUCAGUACUGCUUGGUCAACCAACGCCUCCAUUUACUGCGGCGGCGUUUGUCCUACCAAUCCUCUUUGCGUGGAGGGAUUCCAACUUUAUCCUGACAGCAGAUAUCAAGAUUUCAUGUGCAUUCGAGAAAUUUCUCAGUGA